AUGUCAUUAAUUGGGGUUGGAGCCAAGGAUGAGAACCACUGGCCUAGAAAUAAUUUUGCUAACUGGCAAGCAGUGGUCGCGGGCCCGGAGGGCGGGGGCCGGGGCCGCGACCCGCACCGGGAUCGCACUGGCUCAGGCUCGCGGUCCCUUCUGUCGGCCGGGGCCCACCGCGGCGCCGCGCCGGAGCGCAGGGAGGCCCCAGAGCGCUCGAGCCUGGAGAGCACAGAGCCGUCGGAUUCCGAUGACGAGAUGAUAGACCCCGCCAGCUUGGAGGCGGAGGCCCACCAAGGCCCGUGCGGCCAGAUCCACCAUCAGUACCGGGCGCUCAUCAACUCCGUCCAACAAAACCGGGGGGACAUACUAAAUGCCGGCGACAGAUUAACAGAGGCCCUUGAAGAGGCCAACACUCUUGGCGAGCAAGCGUCCCGAGCAAGAGAAGCAGUCCUGCAUGCCCACUUUCUUGUUUUGGCUUCAGAUUUGGGCAAAGAGAAAGCAGAGCAGCUGCGCUCAGACCUGAGCCGGUUUGAAAUGUUAAGAUAUGUUAAAUCUCUACUGACACAUAUGGGUGUAAAUCCACCAGAAGCUGAAGAACUCAUCCGUGAUGAAGAUAGUUCUGAUUUGGAAUUCGUAGUCUAUGACUCCUGGAAAAUAUCAGGCAAAACAGCAGAAAACACUUUUAAUAAAACCCAUACAUUCCACUUUCUGUUGGGUUCAAUAUACGGAGAGUUCCCUGCGCCAAAGCCACGAACUGAUCGUCUAGGAAAAGUUCCUGCGAUAGGAGAGGUGAGGGCAACGCCCGCCCAGUUAAGCAGGAUGGAAGAACCUCACAGCCAUAACCCCAGAGCAUCACUGCUGGCCAGGGACAACUGGACCAAUGGGUCUCCUUGGGACCUGGUGUUCGAAUACAUCACUGAAGUCCAUAUACAUGAUGGGACGGGUGGUGGGGGCUACGGCCUUUGGUGUCUGCUGUGA